AUGACAACCAAUAUAUCAGAGUGCUUCAAUGGUGUAUUGAAAGGUGCACGGGGCCUUCCUAUUGCCGCGUUGGUUGAGUUCACUUGGAACAAACUUGUUCAAUAUUUCCACGACCGUCGAAAAGAAUACCUUUUUGAGUUCUCAGAGGGUAAGAAAUGGAGUAAAUAUGCCUUCUCCAAGUGGGAUGAGAAUAAGCGUAAAUCUGAGAAACAUUAUCUCAAGCCAUUUAGCAAUGAAGAGCUGAUAUUUCAAAUAGUUACCCAACUCAACACGUGUAGUGCAGGAGGGGGAAACCACAGUUAUGAAGUUCGGUUACAGGAAAGAACAUGCAGUUGUGGGAAAUGGCAAAACAUAGGGAUCUCGUGUUCACAUGCAAUUAGAGUAUGUGACUAUUUACAUAUUGAUUCGAGCACAUAUAUUCACCCGUGUUAUGGUUUGAACAAUGCCAUUAACACUUAUGAGCAUGCAUUUGUGGUUCCUAAGUCGUAG